AUGGAAAAUAGCAGUGGUGUUGAAGAUUUGACACGCGAGAGCAGAGCCGUUGCGAUGGCUAAGUUAAACUCGUUGCCGAGAACUAAGUACGCGGCUGAUAUCGGCUGCAAAUUCGCAGAAUUGUAUUAUUCCAUGAUGCGUACUUCACCAGAGUACGCAAAUGAAUUUUACGACGAACGCGGCGAGUUCCAAACGGUGUUUGAAGACGGGUCGGCCAUCGUCGUCAGGACCCGGUUACAGGUAAAGCACAUUUUGAUGCGACCUAUGUCCGCGUGCCGCUAUUUAGUUAAAUCGAUUAUUCCGAUGUCCUGUGGCGGAUCGUCCGGUGGCGUGAUGGUUAUGGUGACCGGCGAGCGGUUUACGCAAAAUCUCCUCUUGGAGCACCGUCCAGAAAGGAUGUUGGGUUACGCCAUUGUGGUGUCCUUAACACAAUAUAUUCCCGAAGGACCAGUCACCUACCACCAGACGCCACUAACAAUAUUCGGUGGUGGUGACAGCCAGGCUAUCACUGGCGCCGAAAAAUCAGUCAUCACGUCCAUACUUAAAAAACCGGAUUACUCGAUUUCCGCUAUCAUGGAUUUAGACUUCGNCGACCCGAAGGACCAGUCACCUACAACCAGACGCCACUAACAACAUUCGGUGGUGGUGACAGCCAGGCUAUCACUGGCGCCGAAAAAUCGGUCAACACGUCCAUCCUUAAAAAACCGGAUUACUCGAUUUCCGUUUUCAUGGAUUCAGACUUCGGCCACGCCGCCGAGGUCACAAAAGAUACGGUAAUAUCUACCGAAAUUACGCACAUAAAACAACCAGAUACCGCCUUUGAAUUCGAGUCCAUCACGGAGCCCACCUCUGCAAAUAUCGCAACCGGUAAUGUUAUAGAAACCGCUACCGUCAAAGAAAAUACUUCCAUCACAGAAACCGCCGCUGAAAACACCGCUACCGGUAGUGUUAUAGAACACGAAACCGCCUCUGAAAAAACCGUUUCCGAGAACAUAGAACCUAAAACCGCCAACGAAAUCACAACCUUCGCAGAUCCUGCUUCUUUAAAUAACGCUCAAGAGAACAUUGCUCACCUUAUAGCGUAA